GGGAUUCUUCACAGAUCGGGCAAGAGAGAGGAAGAGAAGAAGUAGAUCAUUUGAAUGUGUUUUGUCAGGUCUGGGAAUAUUUAUGUUUGGAGCAUUGCAGACGAUGCCGGUGAUGACGAUGUGGCUGCAAAGAUUUCCUGUCGUCCUGGGGCACUUUACAACAGAGGAAGUUGCUAUGAAUUUUUUAACAGUGCCAUAACAUGGGACUCAGCAGAGGAAGCAUGUCGGAACCUGAGACCCGGGAGUCAACUGCUUUCCAUUUCCAGCAGCAGGGAGGAAAGAAUCGUCUCUGCUUACAUCAGACGCUACAGCAGUAGCUACUAUGUCUGGAUUGGUCUUUACGCCGUGCCGCAUGCCAAUACACUGAAGUGGGAAUGGAGCGACCGCUCCCAAUACAUACCUGGGACGCCUCUCUGGGACGGCCGGAGCCCCAGCACCUCCAUCUCCUCCUCAGAAUGCGUGGCUCUUUACACAUAUCCAUCGUCUUCCGCCAGAUGGUAUCAGCAGAACUGUGAUGCCUCCUACCCAUACGUGUGCAAAUACAAGGCCUAGAGUUAGGCCUGGAAGGGACACCCAGCCCCCCAAAGGCACCAUCUCAUCGUUUCCUCCGUGACCUGAAGUGGGAAGAAGUUCCAAUGGAUAAAGCUCCAGCUUUGGAUUUUGGAGGGCUGCGGUGCCAAAGGAGUUCUUGCCUGUCCCUUUCCUGAGAUUCUCUCUUUCCCUCAAUUACUGCUUUGUUAACCUGCAUAAAUCUUUGUCGUUCUCACACUCAGAACAAUCCUAAGAACACUUUCAAGUGGCAGAGAGCCAGUUUGUUGUAGUGGUGAAGUGCAGGGACUCGUAUCUGGGAGAACUGGGUUCAAUUCCCCACUUCUCCACUUGCACCUGCUGGAAUGGCCUUGAGUCAGCCAGAGCUCUCGCAGAGCUGUCCUUGAAAGGGCAGCUUCUGUCAGAGCUCUCUCAGCCCCACCCACCCCACAGGGUGUCUGUUGGGGGGGGAGGAAGGUAAAGGAGUCUGCUCUGAGAUUCAGAGUGGAGAGCGGGAUAUAAAUCCAAUAUCUUCUUCUUUUCUGGGAGUAAGCCUCAUUCAGUAGACUUGAGUAGACCUGCUUAGUAACACUCUGUUAGUCUUCUAGACAGCCACACUGGCCUACAGCAAACAUUGAGUUAAUUAGUAUGAGGGCCUUUAACUCAACUAAAAUGGAUAAAUCCAAAAGAUUUUUUUUUUAAAGGUGAAUCUUUUGCACGAGCUGCAAAAUCCAUAUCACUUUUCUAUUCCAAAUGUGGUGAACUGGAGCAGGUUCCUAUAACCCAGGCUUAUCUUGGCUAAAUUCAAGCUUUGCGUAAGACAGGAUCCCUUCAGCUCUCGUAAAGGAUGCCUGCUUUUGUGUCCUGCAGUUUGGAGUGGAGGGGAAGUCGUGCAAGCGACACGUUUCGAUGUUUGCAAUCUUGGCUGUGCAUUUUGAAGCAGCCUUUGAAAAGCUGCGAAUGAAGUGUCUGGAUGGUUCUUGAUUCUCUGGCCAACUCCCACUUUCUGUGGUUUCUUUUGAGGUCGGAAUGAUAAUAAAUUCUCUGCUGAGCAUA